AUGAGCUCACUCCGGGAACCCCUCAAGCUCUUGAAGGCCCUAUUGAUUCGCAUCCCGUUGAUCCUCAAGACCAUUCUCUUGCAUGGAGUUCGAAUGUCCCCUGGCACGGGGAAACAGGAUAUACGCACCGAGCUGACGGUCGCUAUUAUCCGAUCAUUCAUGGCAUCAAGGGCGCCAAUCAGCAAAAGCCAGAGAAAUAGCAUACGCGAUCCCGGAGUCAAGGGUCCUAUGUGGGUAUCCAAGGUCACACUCCCACGGCCCGAGAUGGACGUGCGCGACGCAGUACUGCGUGCAAUCGAGGAUCUGAAAACUGGUGAUCAGACCUAUGAUAUACCUGUAGUUGCUGCGGUCGAAGGCGAAUGGACUGGUUACCGCGCGGGAGUUGGAAAGAAAACACCUGAGCCCGAUCUCUCAGAAGAGGAGAAAUACCACAAGCUGCGCGAGGAAUCACCGUCUGAUAUGACGAUCUUGUAUUUCCACGGAGGUGCAUACUUCCUCAUGGACCCCUGCAGCCACCGCAUCCCCGUCGCACACUUGUCCCACUUGACUGGCGCACCCGUAUUCUCUGUCCGAUAUCGUCUCGCUCCUCAGAAUCCAUUCCCAGCUGCACUCGUCGAUGCCCUAACAGCAUAUCUCUCUCUCCUUCACCCGCCCCCGGGUUCCCUUCACGAACCAGUGCCAGCGAACAAGAUCAUCUUCGCUGGUGAUUCUGCAGGCGGAAACCUUUCACUGGUACUCCUCCAGACACUUUUGACUCUCGACCGCGCAUCGCGUACUAUCCGUUUCCACGGCAAAGACGUGCCCAUCGAACUGCCCGCAGGCGUAGCAACCAUCUCACCAUGGUGCGACGUGACGCGGUCUAUGCCGUCAAUCAGCGGGAAUGCGCAUCUGGAUUAUCUCGAUGCGCCGCCUGUACCGUCUGACGACCCAGAUGUCAAGAUUCCAUUUGUUCCAAUGCCGUUCGCACCAGACGAUAUCUGGCCCUCAUCUCCACCUCGCGCCGACAUCUACUGCAACGCCAGCAUACUGAACCACCCAUUAGUGUCUCCGCUCGCUGCGCCGGCCGAGCUCUGGAAGAAUGCGCCUCCUAUCUGGGUCUCAACUGGCGAGGAAGGCCUCACAGAUGAGGGUCUUAUUCUGGCGCGCCGCGUCUACCAAGCGGGCGUGCCUCUUGUUGCAGAGAUGUUUGAGGGUAUGCCUCACUGCCACGGUCUGAUUAUGAUGGCCCACCCAGUUAGUCGUCGUUUCUUCGAAAGCUUUGCUGGUUUCUGCCGCGAUGCUGUUGCCGGCCGGGUUCUAUCAACUGGGAAUCUCACCUGGUUGGGCUUCAAACUUCAAUUGUCUAAGGAAAUACCGAUUGAAAAAGCCUGUGAAACUAGUGACGAGGAGGUGGAGGCUCUCAUGCAGAAAAUUGCUGCUUGGAAAUUGGAGGCCGAGAUCGAACUACAGAAGCAAUGGCGCGAGAAAGCGCGGUUGUGA